GCAGAACAACGAUGCAUCAAUCCCUUCGACACCAGCACAAGACAACACCUUUGAGAACAAUGAACAAAGAUCAUCAAAUGCAUCAACACAACAAAAACAAGACCACGCACCGAAGGUAAAAUAAAACAAAUCUAACACACAUUUUACGAAAUUGAUGGUUAAUCGUAUACUAGUAUUUUGCUACAAUGAAGCUUAUUUUUUUUUUUUUAAUUCUCGUUUAGGAUUCUUCUUUUGGCUAUACGUGUCGGACAUGUCAUCAAAAAUUUGAUUGUCGACGAACAUUGUACGUUCAUCAGAUGAAUGACCAUGUUCAAGUAGGAGCAGGUCUGUUACAACCCAGACCCUGGGGGAAUGGGUCUCCGCCAUGGGGGGAAGGUGACAGAAUUGAUGAACAAUUAAAGGAAGUAUAUGAGACGAAUGCUUCUUUAAUCUUAAGAAGACACCAGGAAGGAAAUGUUUAUAGUGUAUACAACUUUCCGAUCGAUAAUCAUUUCACCGUUUCCGAAAUUAUGCAAGCAGGAAACGAAAUUUAUGACCGUCAACAAAAAGCCUUCCGUUUAAAUUUGGAAUUUGGUUUAAUAUUGAAAAACACCGAAACAGGUGAAUAUCGGUAUUUUAAACCUUAUCACAAUCAAGAGGUAUUUGAACGUCCCAUUUACGUAUCGAGAAGAAUUCAUUUAAAACGUUUACAGCAUCGCAUGCAGCAAUUAAACAUCACUGAUUAUAUUUUGCGGCAGCGUCCCGAUACAAAGUGGAAACCAUUUCUGAUCACAAAUGUCCGCAUCGUUACAUAUCAUUUGAAUUUUGUUUUGGGUAACGGUAGAGUUACUGUGCCUGAACACAUCAGUCAAUCGAAAUCAGUCAUUUCAAUGACAACGAAUAGUAAAGGUUAUGCAUAUAAAGACAACCUUUGUGCUUUCCGCUGUUUAGCAUAUCACCAGAAUAAAGAUUGGUGUUUGUUGGAGAAUCAAACACAAGAGCUAUUUCAAAAAUGGGUCUCCUUUAACAAAAGACAAAGCAAAGACAUAAAUUCAAAUUCAAAAACGUUUCCUGGUAUUACUUUAAAUCAACUAGUUUAUUUCGAAAAAUGUUUCGAAAUCAAUGUCAACUUAUUUUCUUUACAAGAAGAUGGUUCUGCACAAGUUAUUUACAAAUCAAAAUGUAAAUAUUCAAAUGACAUUUACUUAAAUAUCUUCGAACAUCAUCUGUCAUACAUUACGAAAUUCGACACUUACGCCAAAAAAUUUCAGUGCAAAACUUGUCAUCGUCAUUUUGGGCAUUUAAAAAAUUUGAAAAAACAUCAGCGUGUGUGCAAGAUGAAAACAACAAGACAAUUUCCAGGGGGGUUUUAUUCUACUCCAAACACAAUUUUUGAUAAAUUGGAACAAUACGGCAUCACUGUUAAUCCCAGUGAUCGUUUGUAUGAAUGGUUUUUAGUUUACGACUUUGAAUCUAUGCUUGUACCAACUGAUGCUGGUCAGAACAGCGCAAGUCUUCAAUAUACGGAACAGCACGUCCCCGUAUCCGUAAGCGUCUGUUCAAAUGUAGAAGACCACACCGAACCCCUAUGCAUUGUUGAAUCAAACAUUGAUUCUCUUGUUGAAAAAAUGGUAGAGUACAUGUCAACAAUCGCUCAAAAAGCAACCGAGUUAACUAAAGAAAAGUUUUCUGAUGUGUUUAGCGCCCUCGAGGACUCGGUGUUUGACGAGAGAAUUUAUGAAGACGCACUCGAGUGCAUCGGAGAUGACGAGGAAAUUCAUAAAAUGAUAAAUGAAGAAAAAAAGCUUUCCAAAAAAUUAAAAGAGGAAUUUGAAAUUUAUUGCGAGCAAAUGAUAUGCAUUGGUUUCAAUUCGGCCAAAUACGAUAUUAAUUUAAUAAAGAGUUACCUCGUUAAACACCUCCGACUCGACGAAAACGGCGCAUUCGUUGCCAAACGCAACAAUGUUUAUUCAUGCAUCAGUACAAACACUUUUAAGUUUUUAGACAUCUCUCAAUAUCUGAGUCCCGGUAUAAAUUAUUCGGGGUUUUUAAGAGCAUUCGAUGUUCAAGAGAGUAAGGGUUUUUUCCCAUACGAAUUUUUUGAUGAUAUAGACAAACUUCGUUACGACCGACUUCCACCUCACGAGUCCUUUUAUUCAACUCUCAAAAAUGCCAACAUUACCGACGAAGAAUAUGCCUUCUGUCAAAGAGUGUGGGACGAGAAAAAAUGACAACGUUUAGCGAUUUCCUCGUCUGGUACAACAAUCUCGACGUCGAACCUUUCGUACAAGCGGUGAAGAAUUUACAGAAAUAUUAUUUCGAGCGCGGUAUUGACAUAUUUAAAUGUAGUAUAUCGGUACCAGGUCUCGCGCGUCGAAUGUUAUUUGAAAGUGGUACGAAAGAGUGGGCCAGUUUUGCUUUGAUUGAUCGUGAAAAUGAAGAUCUGUACGACACGAUCAAGCAGAACAUUAUAGGAGGUCCGAGCAUUAUUUUCAAACGCUACCACGAAACAAAAAGGUCAUUUAUUCGUGGUAAUCCGCAAAAGCCAUGUGGUCGAAUUAUCGGCUUUGACGCCAAUGCGCUAUACCUAUACUGUAUAGGAAAAGAAAUGCCCGCCGGUGCUUUUGUGCGUAGGCGCAUGCUCGAUAAAUUUAAACCUCAGAAACGAGAUAAAUAUACAAUUGCAUAUGAUUGGUUAGAUUGGUUGUCCCACUGUGGGAAAUAUAAAACCAUCAAACAUAAGCUGAAUUCAGGUAAAGAAAAAAAAAUUGGCCGCUUUCCUGUUGACGGCUACGACGAGGAGACUAACACGGUGCUGCAGUUUCACGGAUGUUACUGGCAUGGUCAUCGUUGUUGGUUGACUCGACAUGUCAAAACCGACAAACUCUUAGAAAUGAGACAAAAUAAAACCAAACUUGCAACGAGUUACCUCAGAAAACAAGGUUACAAGGUUGUUGAAAUGCGCGAGUGUACUUUCCGUAAUAACAUUCGCACUAACCUUCAGUUGAAAACAUUCGUCAACUCGAGAAAGCAACCUACAGGUCAAGGUCCCAUGACACAUGAAGAUGUCAUUAGAGGAGUUUUGAGCGGCAAGUUAUUUGGCAUGGUAGAAUGUGACAUUCGGGUUCCAGAAGCUUGGUCUGAUCACUUUAAACACCCGACUAUGACACCAUUCGAGUAUUUCUCAGAGAUGAGUCCUCUCUUUUGUACCACGGACAUUCCAUUUGACGCCAUAGGCUCGCACAUGCAAAACCACGCGAAACGGUUUAAUCUGAGUACGAAACCUCGUCGUCUUCUGGUAGGAGGCAUGAGAGCGCGUCAACUGUUAAUAGCUACGCCUUUACUGCGCUGGUAUAUAGAGCACGGUCUGGAGAUCACCAAAAUCUACCAGACUGUUGAAUAUACACCUCAGAGAUGUUUUAAGAAUUUCGUUCGCGAUGUAAGCGACGCGCGACGUCAAGGCGACGUAGACCCGACGAAAUCCAUAAUUGCGGAUACGCGUAAACUAGAAGGAAAUAGUGCAUUCGGAUCCACAAUUAUGGACCAAGAAAAGUUUCAAACCGUCAAAUUCGUACGUGGUGAAGGAAAGGCCAUGAUGGAGAUAAAUGAUCCCUCUUUUAAAAAAUUAUCUACACUUUUCGACGAGGAAGAGCUUUUCGAAAUUGAAAAAAGUAAGAAAAAAUUAAAACUGAAUUUACCCAUUCAGAUCGGUUACUUCAUCUUGCAGUAUGCAAAACUGCACAUGUUACAGUUCUACUAUGACUUCAUGGAUAGAUUUGUAGACCGUGCAGACUUUGAAUACUGCGAGAUGGACACCGACUCUGCCUACAUGGCCAUUUCGGGACCCACCUUUGAGUCUGUGAUUAAACCUGAAUUACGACAGAUUUACGAUCACAGUCUCAAAGGUCACUGUGUCGACAGUUUAGAGAUCGAGGCGGACUGCGACCGGCAUUGGUUUCCUCGCACUUGUUGCGAGAGACACGCAAAGUUCGAUCGUAGAACGCCUGGACUCUUCAAAAUUGAAUUUGAAGGUGACGAAAUGAUAGGUUUAUGUUCAAAGACUUACAUCGUCUCUACUCGUAUGCAGAAGAAACGUUCCAGUCAAUUGAUUGUAGCGCAGCGACUACUUAGACGCGCAAAGAAAUGUAGGUUUAGAAAAUUUCAAGUUAUCAAACCACGAUUGGUGACGAAACUUAAGUUUUCUUGUAAGGGAAUUUCAAAGAAAAGACUUAAAGCCCCCCUCGCCUUAUUCAGAGAUGUAUUAAAAACUCAAAAAGUGGGGACUGGAACAAAUAUGGGUUUCAAACUUAGAAAUAACAGUGUGUAUACGUAUCGUCAAAUAAGGAAUGGUUUGACUUAUUUUUACUGUAAGAGAAAAGUUUUAAAUGACGGAGUUAGCACUGAACCAUUAGAUUUCGAGUUAUGUCCUGUAAAAAGCAAAAAGGAAUAUGAAGCUGAAAUAGAUGACUUCGAUCUCGAACUAGUACACAUGCUCGCGGAAAGCGAGUAAUUGAUAUUAUUUGAUGCAUGACACUGUUGUUCGAAGAGAUUGUAUAUACUUUCUUUUUUUUUGUAAAGUUUGUGUUGUACUGGAAAGGGGGGGGGGUCCAUACCGUCGCAUCGUUUCAUCUCUUGGAUAUGAUGAGAAAUAUUAUCUAAUAUUUUCGCUUCUUCUGUGAAAUUUUGUAAUUAUUUAUGUACGUUGAAUGGUUGAUUAUACAGUUGUCUUAAAUGUGGUAAAAAAAAUAUUACUCUAAUUCAUCGUUUAUUUUGAAAUAUCCAUGUUCAAUGUAUACAUCUACAUGUACAUUACGUAAUUUUUUUUUUUUUUUUUAUUUCGCAUGUAUUUAUACUGUUAAUGAACUUAAACUCAAGAUUAAUUUACCGUAUGUAUUUUUGUUUGCCUAUCUAUUUACAUACAUAUAUACUUGUAUGUACAAUAAAGAUUUUUGGUGUAAUUCACGUUUUUUCAUUUAUCCCAAGACAAGGUCAUAAGAAGGGUUCAGUAUCUAUAUAUUCAAAAGCAUUUUAUUUAACAUGGAGAGAACUUCCACCUCGUCAUCAGAAUCGUGGUGUUUAAUGGGAAAUAAAAUUCCCAAAUCUGAAAUUGUCUACUUCUGUCAAAUGAUCGUGGUGUAUAUCAUUAUCAUUACCUCAAUUGUUAACUUGUCUCUAAAGAACGGUUCCUCUGAACUGUGGAUUUCCUUACUUAGCAGUGCAAUAGGUUACAUAUUACCUAACCCCUCUUUAAAAACAGAAAAAAUAUAAGAAGGUUAAUGAUACUCGGAUAUAAGACAUAAAUCAUCAGCAUGUCUAUUCCAUUUCAACCGUGUUCGAGUAUGUGCAUAAGCGGUCAAACAGGAAGUGGUAAGACGCGAUUUGUUUACCGAUUGUUGACUGAUUUGAAUGAAAUGUAUGGCGGUGAGCCACCUAAACACAUUUUGUAUUGUUACGGUAUUCAUCAACCUCUUUUUGACGAAAUGGAGCAGCGUUUUUCUAACUUGAGAUUACAUCACGGGGUUCCCACAAACAAAGAAAUAGAGGAACUGACCUCUGAUCGACAACAUACGCUAAUCGUGCUGGACGAUUUAAUGCAUCGAGUAGUCAGAGAUGCCGACAUGGAACUUUUAUUUACUCAAGGCUGUCACCACCGACGUCUCAGUGUAGUAUUCAUUACACAGAAUUUAUUUCCGAAAGGUUCAAAAUCAAGAACCAUAGCU